GACCACCACAUCACCAUCUUCUCGCCCGCGGGCAAGCUCUACCAGGUGGAGUACGCGAUCAAGUGCGCCCAGACGACGUCGGGCCUCACGUCCGUCGCCGUGCGCGGCAGGGACUCGUGCGUCUUGGUCACGCAGAAGAAGGUGCCCGACCGCCUCGUCGACCCGAGCUCCGUCACGAACCUGUACAAGGUCACGGAUUAUCUCGCCGUGCUCAUGACGGGCGCGCCGGCGGACUGCAAGACGCAGGCGACGCGUCUCCGCUACGAGGCGUCCGAGUUCAAGUUCCAGUACGGCUACGCGAUGCCCGUCGCCUCGCUGGCCAAGCGCGUCGGCGACAUCUGCCAGGUCUACACGCAGCGCGCGAGCCUGCGCGCCCUCGCCGCCAUCUGC